UGAUUAAAGCAUUAUACUUUUAUACAAAACUGUAAUUGCACUAAUUUUCAUUAGAUUACAAAACUGUAUGUACGUACUAAACUUGAAUUGUCCAGUCGUACAAAAGAAAUUGUUUCGUUAUAUUUCUACCAAAAAAUACAACCGUGCCUAAAAUGUAAACGCUUUUGAAUUGACCGAAGCGUGCCCUCGGAGUUCACUUACGGACGAGAAUUCAAACGCGUACGAGGCACGAAAAGAUAUUAAAACCUCUUACUUUAACUUUUAUCGAAGUAUUAUUACAAACAAAACAUUAAAGCGAACUCGGUUACAGUGUCGUUAUUUAUAUUUUCGAACGCCUCGUAUAUUCGAGCUGAAGUUGCUUUUGCCUGCAACAUCUUUUUAUAUCUUUUCUAUCUACGUAAUAAUUGCGUGAUGUAUAUUUUCGCAAAAUUGUGAACUUCGUUAAUGAAACCUUCGAGUAAUCCCGCCUGCGUGAAAUCUGCCGGAGAAACACCUCGUUAUAACCUUCGUAAUAGAAGACACGCGUCGAACAUUUUCGAAGCUAAAAUGACCGAAAUCAAUAGUGGACAGAGUUCCUGUAGCGACGACGAGAACGAUCGCACAGUAGUUCAACAAGACGAAGUGAUUGAGGCGUUACGCGAGCAAAUAAAAGGCUUACAAAACUCGCUAGCCUCGUCGGAGAAGGAAAGGGCCCAGUACAUGGAAGCGCUAAAUCGCCAAACAGCUAACAACGUCACCAGUGCCGACGUACCCAGCAUCGAAGCUAUCUCUGCCAGCUUCAAGCCUGCCGAAGCUACCUUUUCCAGCUUCACAACAGAUUUACCCGCAUCCGACGUAUCCUCUCCCCCCUACAGUCUAAUAACCUGCCCUUCAAAUACAUAUCAGACAAGUUCCAGAAAUUUCACAACAACCAGCACUACCUCAGGAAGUGCUAACCCCGCCGGUGCUAAUUCUGCCAUCGCUACAUCUGCAGCCGCUAGUUUUGCCAGCGCUGCUACUGCUAGCACCAAUUAUGCCAACGCUAUUUCGGCCAGCAUAAAUUAUUCAAACGCUAACUCUGCCAGCGUUAAUCCUCUUUAUGCCAGCGCUACCAUACCUGCCAGCGUUAAUUCUGCCAACGUCAAAGCCGACUCAGCAUAUGGCGCUUAUAUGCGGUCUGCCACAUACCGGCCAGCAAUAAUGCAGCCACAGUGCCACACAAACAACCCUUAUUGUGUUAAUUUUCCGCCAGCAAACUUUGUGCCUGCUACAAUGCCUACAGUGUACAACACGCAAAGUACACCUCACAUCAUCAACCACAACGCACAAACAGCACCCAGCACGAGCCAGGUACACCCUCCUUGGAGUCCAGGAUACCAUCAACCUACACGUAAGAUUUUAGACUUGCCAGAUUUCCAUGGUUCGCCUGAAGAGUGGCCCAUGUUUUCUGUAGCCUUUAAGGAAACCACGCAGAUGUAUUCGUACUCCCAAUUGGAGAAUCUGUUACGUCUCCAGAAAGCCCUAAAAGGGAAAGCCAGACAACAAGUGGAGUCACUACUAAUCCAUCCGUCCAGUGUGGAUGCGGCCAUGAAAACAUUGGAAUGUCACUACGGUCGCCCAGAGUUACUUAUUAGAAGCCAAAUAACGAAAGCGCGAGCCUUUCCACCUGUCACCGGAGGACGAAUUGCCGAUAUUCUCAAUUUUAGUUCGAUGGUGUCGAACUUAGUUGCAUUUUUGGAAAAUUCGGGUGCAACUCCACACCUGAAUAAUCCAAUAUUACUCGACGAGCUAGUCAGCAAGCUUCCGCUGAACAAGAGGGAAGAGUGGACUCGCCACAUCUUCGAAAUGCAGAAGCCGUAUCCCACAGUGCGUGAGUUUUGCAAUUGGCUGCAGAACACCGCCAUGUAUGUGUCCAUGGCAAUAGAUGUUAUGCCAACAAAGUAUAUGCCCAACGAUCCUGUGUACCACAAACCUAAAGUGCCAUCUAAGCCUGUAAUGACUGUAACAAAAGAGAAAAAGUGUUUAAUAUGUGACCAAAGCCAUAAUCUAAAUCAAUGUCCGAAAUUUAAAGAUGCCGAUUAUUCCAAUCGCUGGAAUAUAGUCAAAAAUAAACAUUUGUGUUUUUGUUGUUUGCAGCCUGGUCACAGUGUGCAAAACUGCCGCAAGCGACGAGUGUGUGGUAUAUCAUCAUGUAAUAAAUUCCACAAUCGGCUACUUCACAAGUCCAGCGACAAUAAUAAAAGCAAUAUUUCAUCAGACGAUACAGCUGUUGCAACUGUUCAAACUGUGUAUCAAAAUCCACAACAUCCACUCGCUCGAUCAAGGGGGGCGAUCGAUCAAAAGCCCCUGAUAUUUACGUUAUGUGUGCCAUGA